AUGUCUUACAACAUCCAUCAGCAAGUGUUCGCCCUCUCCAUCGCGUCCAACUUGCUCUCGACGUGCAAGGGCACGCAGGAAGCUUUGCAGAACCAGAUUGAUUCGGCUUUGCAGCCCGCCUUGACGAACGCCAACAUUGGCGAUUGGACCGUCGUCUGGGGGCCCACUGUAUGGAAGGCCGAGCCUGAUAACGCAGAGACAGCACCCGACCGCGUCUGGUACAUUGCACACAACCCCUCAGCCAAUUUCGGAGUCGAUGGGUCGUCAUUCGAUACCUAUGUUCUCGCUGUCGCUGGUACCGCACGUGGGUCGGCGGAGAACUUCGCCAUCGAUGCAGAUGUUGACAAAGUCGUCGACUUCAACGCUUGGGUACAAGCCGGGAUCACCACCCCUCCAGAGCAAGCCACUACAAUCGAUCACACAAAGCCGUACGUCGCCUCUGGAACGGCAAUCGGCAUUUCCACCCUCUUGACUGUGGCCAACGCUGCUAGUCAGCAGACUAUGGCUGAAUUCUUGGGCACCAUUCCGCCUAGCUCACGCCUUGUGUUCACUGGACACAGUCUAGGGGGCGCUUUGUCACCAACAGUCGCGUUAGCUUUGCUGAAGGCGGGGCUACUCCAGAAUGCGCCGGAGAAUGUGUUCGUGUACCCAACCGCGGGACCAUCUCCCGGAAAUGAACCGUUUGCGGCUUUGUUUGCAGGGGCUUUCCCUCUGAUCACUGAUGGUCCCGCUCCCUAUCAGAUGUGGAAUGGGAAUCUCGCAAAUACAUACGACAUCGUUCCCCUUGCAUGGGAUGUCGAUUCCUUGGGUACAAUCCCAGGGCUCUACGGCAAAUUACCACUCGUUCUUGGUGCAAUCCUCGGGGGCAUUGUCAGCGGUGCCAUCGACAAGGCCACAGCAUCAGGCUUAGCGUAUGUUCCUCUUCAAGGACAGAUAUUCUCUACAGGUGGCCCUGCUACACCUCCGAAGACUCUGGACGAAUUCCUUCUAUUGGCUUUACAAGAACACGAAGGAGCUUAUGCAGCACUCAUUGGGACGGCUGAAAUUCCACCUCUGUGCGCGCCAGGUUCAUCAACGGAGCAGGCCAGAGGGCUUCCGAUUCUGGGUGGACUCUAUCAAGCCAACGUGGAGGUGACGGAAAUGGUGAGGUUGGACAAUGAGAGGAAAUAG